AUGUUGCCGGAUAGCUUAAGUGGCGUCGCUGAUGAGUCGUGGGAUGUUCUCAUCUGCAACAGCGUUUUUCAAUAUUUCGCUUCACACGAUCAAGCUUUGGAGACCGUUAACGAGAUGCUACGUGUGGCGAAAAAGUGGGUUAUCAUUGCUGAUGUGUGUUGCGAGAAGUAUAGGCAUCUUAUCGAAGGAGCUGUACGCACCAUGGACUGGACCAAGAAUCUCCCUCAAUAUCGUACAUACGAGAAGACUUGGUGGGAUCAGUUUGACGACCAGGGUCAUCUCGUCUCUAUCCGCCAUGUUAGAGUGAAGGAGUGA